AUGCCUCCAAGCGCAACGGUCCUGCAAAACGAAGACGCCAGCAACGCCGCCUCAGGCGCCCUGGGCCUCUCGGUCAGCGGCCAGAAGCUGCGCAUCCGCUCCUAUCCCACUUUUGCUACCCUCGAGGAAGAGCGCCUCUACCGCAAGCAGCACCUGGCCGCUGCCUUCCGCAUUUUCGCCAAACGCGGCUUCGACGAAGGCAUCGCGGGCCACAUCUCCGUCCGCGAUCCCAUCCUUACAGACCACUUCUGGCUUAAUCCCUUAUCGAUGCACUUCUCGCAGAUCUGCGUCUCGGACUUGAUUCUCGUCAACGAGGCUGGUCAGGUCGUCAUUGGCGAUGAACCUAUCAACGCCGCCGCGUUUGCCAUCCACUCAGAGAUCCACAAGGCUCGCCCGGACGUUCACGCCGCCUGUCACGCGCACUCAGUGCAUGGGAAAGCUUUCAGCGCUUUUGGCCGUGAAUUGGACAUGAUCACACAGGAUGCUCUGCGCUUCUACAAGAGCCAUUCCGUGUAUCGUGAGUUUGGGGGUGUGGUGCUAGACCGCGAAGAGGGGAAGAGGAUUGCUCAGGCACUUGGUCAGGGGAAGGCGGCUAUUCUGCAGAACCAUGGUCUUAUUACUGUCGGUGGGAGCAUCGACGAGGCGGCAUUUUGGUUCAUCAGUCUGGACAAGACAUGCCACGCGCAGCUGCUGGUAGAUGCGGCAGAGAGGGGCAGUGGGCAUCAGAAGGUGAUUAUCAAGGAGGCCGAGGCGGAGUUUACAGCAAAGCAGGUUGGUGGGCCGGAGAAGGGAUGGCUGGGGUUCCAACCUUACUAUGAUGAGGUCCUAGCCAAGACCGGGGGUAGUUUCUUGACUUGA